AAGGAGGGAGGAUAAAGCAAGAAUAGAGACAGUAAAGUGAACAGAGGCAGAGAAAAACAGAUCAUUAUACAGCAAACGAGGAACAGGCCGCUGAAUGAAUAACAAGGAAGGGAUUACAAAGCCCAGGACUUAGAAAAAAAGAGGAGAGGACGCCGGCUGAAGACUCUCCACACUCUCUCUUUCUUUCUCUCUCACUCCCUCCCCCCUUCUCUAUCCUUCUUGUCACCCUCCCAACUCUCAGAGGCUCUUCCUCCCCCUGACGAUCUCCUCAGUGAAAGAUGGCAUGAGCACACACUGUCUUCCAUCCUCAUCCUCGUGGAGUGUUUUCCUCUCUUUCUGUCACUCUUCCUGUCUCUUUUUUGCUCCUCUCAGUCCCCCCCCACCCCAAUCCCAUCUCUGCUCUCAUCUUUGCUCUGCACGGGUUCAUUCCAAAGGGUGAAGAAGAGGGGAGGGAGGUAGACAGAGGCUGACCUCCCCCCUGCCUCCUUCCACACACCCUCAGGGCCCAGAGAGAGAGUUGGAGUGAAUGAGAGAGAGGGAGAGAGCUGGAGCAGGGAGCUGUCUGAUGACUUACACCAACAACGAUCUUCUUAACCCAGCUGACCGCAGCCAAUCCCCCUGCCCGCCCACUCCCUGCCUCCUGUAACCCACACUCUCUGUCUUCGUGUUUGAGUCAGUGGAGCAGUGAUCCAGGACCAUGUUUGGAUUAAAGACGCCACACUUCUACCUCCCAGGUAUGAACCAUGAGUCCAAUAAAUCAUCAUCAUUAGGAAUGAUCUCCACGGCAACUCGCACCACGGCCACUGUCAGUCCCCUCAGUCCACUAACCAAUGGGAACGCAGUUGCCCAAUCUGCAAACUCUGGAUUCGCUGCUGCUCUGCGUAAACUGGCCAAACAGGCUGAGGAUCCCAGAGGUUCUGCCCUCAGCGGUGAGUCAUCCCCAGUCUCUUCCCCAGCCACCAGCCACAGCUCCCCAGUCACCACUCCAAAGCGGGGCUCUUUAGGACCCCUCCUGGGCCAGACCAGGGGUCACGGCGUCCCCGGCACCCCUCCAGUAGUCACCAUUGCCCCCACCAAAACCAGCAACGGCCUGUGGAGGGCUGACGGACGACAGGUUGAGCUCGGCGUUCAGGGACUCAGCCGGGAGAGGCUGGGAGCCGAGAACAACCAGCCCCAGCAGGAUAAGAGGACUCCACCUAUUCCCUCACAUCACCCACUGGCUCACCCAUUUGGCCUCACCCCUAGCUCCAUCAUGCAAGACCCCAGACUACAGAGCCUUAGCAGUUUGCCGGGGCAGAUGCACGCUGUGGUUCCCUCGGGUGUCGUCCCAGAAGAAUACCUGAGAACACUCCGGCCCUUCGCCACUUCAGAUGACCUCCGUCUGACCUCUUUACCCUUGAGUCUUGACCCCGCUGCUGCUGCCCAUGCUGCGGCCGCUGCUGCUUACUAUCACCCUGCCUACAUGCACCACCCGCUGUCCUUGCCACGGAUGGAGGAGUCUCUGUGUCUGUCUGCGCUGAGGUCACAGUUCUACUCGGUACCUGCAGGAGGCGCUUUUCCUCCUCUCCACCACUCUGCCCUACACUUGCACCUGCCUGGAGGCCGCUAUCCUGGAGAACUGAACCACACAGUGCUGGCUGAGAGGCUACAGAUGGAGAAUGAGCUCCGCCAGCGCGAGAGAGAGCAAGAGCGUGAGCGAGAGAAAGAGAGGGAGAGGGAGCGCGAGGCAGGCCUGGAGCGGGAGCGGGAGAAGGAGCGGGAGAGGGAGGAGGAGAGGGAGAGAGAGCGGGACAGAGAGCUGGACAGACAGAAGGAGAGGCAGAGGGAGAGACAACAGCAGAUGGUCCGAGCGGCAGAGAGCCACUACCUGGCUGAGCUGCAGGCUCGGAGGGCAGCACCGGAGGACAGGACAAGGCCAGGGGAGAGACUGACCCCAAACAGACUGGAUAAACCCAAGGAUUUGGAGCACCCAGGUUUCCCAGCACCUAAACCUCUGCCCCAGCAGGCAGGCCAUCACCCCUCCAGGGCCUCAAUCCCACACCUGGUCCCCAGUCUGGUGCCUUCCCACCUGGGGAAGCAUCAUGCUGCUGCUGCUGCUGCUGCUGCUUCUGCCAGGGGGCUCCAUGGCGCUCUGGCAGCCGCCAUGACAUCUCAGAGGACCAGCGAGGAAGCCUGGUUAACACGGCAACGGGGGCAAGGACAGGAGAGGGAGGGUCCACUGGAGCUGGGCUUCAGAUCACCAGGGAAUGGGAUGGAUGCAAGACGAGACAUCCACAGAACAGGUUCUGUCCAUCACAACCCAGGGAACAAAGAUGUCCCCUCCUGCCUUGGGGCUCCACCACCUCUGAUCUCCCCUAAAGGUCUUCAUCAGCCACAUGUCCCUCCACCUACUCUGUGGAACCCAGCUUCGCUUGUCGACACGCCUGCAGACUCUCGCAGGAAACUCAACCCGCCCACGCCGCCCAGUCGACCACCUCCUGGACUGACGAGAGCUGACAGACCGGCUGUAAGCUGGGGGGAGAAGCUGGAAGACAGGGGCAGGAAGAGGGCAGAAGGACCAGAGAGGUACCCUCCACUGAGGGGAGCUAGUUUACAUGAGUCCUGGAACAGGGCUGAGCAGGACAGAGCCGUCCAGAAUUUCUACCACCGGCAUCACUUUAAUAACCUUCACCAGAGAUCCAGCGCGCCGCUGUCUGUCCCCAGCACCGACCCAGGGGGACGGUGCCAAGAAGCCGCUCUGUCUCCAGUGAGCGAGCGACCAAGUCAGGCGCGGGACAGCAUGCUGGUUUAUGACGAGGUUUUCCAGCAGCACCGCCGGCUGCUCAGCAAGCUCGACCUGGAGGAGAGGAGGAGGAAGGAGGCAAAGGAGGGAGGUUAUUUCUAUGACCUGGAUGAGUCAUACGAUGAGAGCGAUGAGGAGGAGGUGAAAACCCAUUUGAGGAGAGUGACGGAACAGCCCCCACUCAAACUGGACACCUCCUCAGAGAAAGUGGAUUUCCUGCGUGUGUGCGGUCUGACCACGGUGGCCCAUCGCGAUGACCUUCUCGUGCAGAAGAGGAGGAAGAGGAGGAGGAUGAUGAGAGAGCGCAGCCGCUCUCCGCCGGUCAUGCGGAGAAAGAGAAAGGCCUUGUCACCUUCAACACCUACAGCUACCUUAAGUACCCCGUACUCUGCUGAGCAGAUGGACAGCACCCCCGAUCUGGAGGACAAGAAAGACUUCCUCCUCAUGUUUAACCUCUCCCAUGUCAGCCCACAGCAAAGAAGAGAUAAAGAGAAGGCAGAAGAGCUCCUGAGGGCCAUUCAGAGGAAGACUGUGACUUUGGACACGCUCAGAUAUAAUCCUUUACCUCCAUGUAGCAGUCCCCCUCCUGCUCCAUCAACUGGUGACUCCUCCUCAGCUCCUCUGCAGAGUCAAUCAAACGGACAUGUGUACCCAGAGUCUCCCAGCCCUUCCCCUCCUUACUCAAAUAAACCCAAGAACUCAAUUAACAACACAUUCAAACACUCAGUGGACUCGCAGGUGGCUCGCGUCCCUCCACCCUUAUCCUCCACUCAUGAAAAGGUCGAACUAAUGGAGGUGCCGCUAAACAGGAAGCUCCCGAACGGCAUCCAGAGCGCUUCUCCUCAGAAAAAGGAGCCCAACCCUGUGCACAACGGAAGUAAUCGUCCCUGGGAGAGAUUCACCCCUGAGGCCUUUGCUCAGCAUUUCCACCAGGCUGUGCUGCAGUCCACACAAAACACAAAGCACAACAAAGGAGUCUCAAAUAGUGUCCCUCAAGCUGCCGUGAAGGCGGAGCCUCACAGCGUCUCUCAGCUGAAGCAUUCCAGUCUCAACCACGCCCCUCAACACGCACACGUCAACGGCCGUCACUCUCACUCUCCUGUAGCCAGGCGGGACACUGCAGCGCUGCAGGACAACUGCCUGUCUGACGAAGACAUGGAAGAAUCUGGACAGGAGGAGGACGAUGAUGAAGAUGAUGAGGAAGAAGCAGAAGAAGCUCCAAGGAAGUGGCAGGGUAUUGAGGCUAUUUUCGAGGCCUACCACGAGCAUGUGAAUGAAUGGAGUAUAGAGAGGCACGUUCUUCACAGUCAGUGUAAACAACUGGAGACACAGAACUAUAAUCUGACCAGAACUGCAGAGCAGCUCUCCCUCACCAUGGGUGAGCUGGUGGGUCAGAGGCAGAAAGUGAGAGAGGAGCGAGAGAGACUGCAGGCCCAGCUUGAGCACUUCAGGAGGUGUUUGACAUUACCCAACAUUCAGUGGGGCAGGGGGCAAGUCAAUGGACACACACCGAGGUGACCUCUGACACUGACUCUCUGAAGGAUCCAUCUCUGACUGCAGAGGCACAGAAACAAGAGGAAGAUGGAAAGGAGCCAGACCAGCGCCUGUGCUUGAAGGAGUUAAUCCAUGUCUUGUUACAUUUCUGGCCAAUCAGUUAUGUGAUCUGACUGGUUCCAGAUGCAAUUGAUUACCUGCCGCGUUGGCCACAGUAACAGCGAUCCAUCGUUGUCUAUAUAGUGUGGACCACUCUGUCUCUCUCUUGUUUGAGUUAAACAACACAGACUACAGUCCACGACAACACUGUGUGGGUUAAAAGAGCGUCUUCAUAAAGACUCCCACUAUUCCCUUUGGUUUGGCUUUAAGGAUUUUUCCACCAUUUAAAUUGUGUCACGUCAGUUUCAAUGGAUCUACACUAACGGGUCGCAUCGCUUGGCACAAACCUGUAGCCUCAGUCUGGACAGCAAGUGUGCAGUGGUCACUUGAGUCAAGGAAUCAAAGCACACCUCAGGCCUUAAACUUGAUAGGAUGCACUUGAAUUUGAAAUUGGGGAAAUACUUGACCGUCCUCUGUGUGGUGUGAUGUUGUGUCUUCUGAGCACUGUUCUGUAUUGCCGUUUUUCAGACAUGAAAUCUGGAUAAUGUCGGGAGAUUUGUAAGAGACACUCCAGGGUUUGUCGUUCACACACGAUAAAUGAAGUGGGAGAUUGUCCAGCUGAGUUCACAACAGAAGGAGAAUCUCCUCGUCCAUUCAAGCGCUGGAUUCUAACAAUGAGCACACUCAGACAUUAUCUGGAGAUUAGGCAGCCGCCGGGAGAAUCUCUGGAAAAUGUCACUAUAUUUAUAUCUGUGGAGAAUCUCAGGAGUGCGGUACAUGUCUGAAAGCAGUUUUUGCCACAGAUGAAGCCGUCUGUGCCGGGUAUGGUCUAAAACAUCUAAAAGAUAAAAUCUUAAUGGUAUCAGUGAAGUUUGUUCUGGAGAUUAUUACAAUACAUUUUCUCUAGUGAUAGACAAAGAAUUUAGUUUUACUGUUGAACGAUUUCUCGUGGGAAGCCAUAUGUUACUUCAGACGUUACUGCUGCUGGUCAGAAUGAAAAUGUUUAAAAGGUGAUGAAGGAACAUUACAACAGGGAUGAAAUGUCAUGCGAUUGUUCAGGGGCGGACAAACACAAAACGGCAAAUGAUUGUCUUUCUCUCAGAACAUCAAUAAGAUAUUAUUAUCCUCACUGUUCAGAUGUGUUUUUUUGUGUGUGCACUUGACAUGCCAUAAAAUGUUAACAAAACUUGAAGAGAAUAAUUAAUCAGAGUAAUUACAUUUUAUUGAUUAGAAGUAAUUUUCUACAUGUUGUUAAAUAAUUGGGGACCACUAUACUUGUAGACUGUCCAACCUUACAAAUGCUUUCAUAUACCUGAAGAUUAUUUCCUGUUGCAGUUUUAAAGAGUAACUUUAAAUGAAUGGAACAGAAAAGCCAAAUUAUCAUCAGAGUACUUGUUUAUGAGCGACACGACAGAUUCUGUGGUCUUUGGAUGACAUUUAUUUUUGUUCAAACAUAGUCUGUGCCUCUUUGCCUCUGAAUACUCAACACUGCAGGACUGUUUGUUUCCUACAAGCACAAACUCUAGUUGUGAUCUCCCCGUGUCACCUGCUCAGUCAGUCUCCUCCACAAACCUGCUGUGAUCUCCUGCAUAUUUGUUUCAGUUGGUUAUGUUAUGUAAUGUAUUAUUUGGGCUGUAUGAUUACAGUGAAUUAUUUAUUAACAUAUAUAUUGUUGUACAUUCUGAUGGAAAUUUACAUUAAAAUAUUUGUAAAAUGUC